AUGGGCUCACAGGGAAAGAAUGUGGACUUCAGCGUAUUGGAGUUUGACAACUACACUGACUACAUCUCCUCGUUUGCCACCGUCACGGACCACAGAUAUUUGGGCAAUGAGAGCACGAUCAAGACCAUCGUCCAGCUGGGCUACCGCACCACCAAGAUACCCUACACCGCAGAGGAGUACGUGAAGAGGGUUGACUUAGCCCUGGAGGCCAUUAGACCAAAAAUGGCGCAUGUGGGCCUGUUCAGCGAUUUGUUGCCCCCGACGAACACGGACCCAGUGCUUCUGGAGUUCAAGGCCCGCGAGCUGCUCAACUUGAACAAGAUUCUUUCGACAAUCGUGUUUACCUCGUACAUCCACGUGGACGGCUCGGAGAUCUCCGGCUACAUAGACCUGGACAUGAGCUGGCGCAACUGCUACCGCGAGGCGAUCAAGCACACGGACUGGCGUGGAGUCUUCCAAGGUCGCUCGCGCCUGAAGCCCAUGCCCCACCAUCUCAGCUACUCGAAUCCCAGGUACAACAUGGUCAAGUACACGGACAGCGACAACUACCAGGUGAUGCACGACCACCACUUUGGACUGAUGUUUAUGCAUCGCGGAGAUCACAAAAUGAUUUCGGUCGGCGGCCAGAACAGCAUUUACUUGAGAAACGCCAAGCGAUCGAUGGUAUACUCUCCCAAGUUCGGGUAUGUUGUCUUCUACGAUCACUUUGUCCGCAAGAAGGUCUAGCACGGUGAGAUGAGGUAUCAAAAUUGUAACUAAGUUGCAUGUGUAAAAUAUAGACACUGUAAUGUUCCCAUAGCAUAAAAUAUACAAAGUUUAAAAUACAAAAA